UCUCCAAUUGCCAAGCGCGUGCACUCAGUGAGAAUGGGUGAUUCACCGUACACUGCGCGCUGACCGGCUCCUGACCGGGGCCCCCGGGAAUCGCAAAGCUCGCCUAAUCACUUUCUCUCGUACCUUUCUGAAGAAGUAGUAUGGAGUUUCAUCACAGCAGCGCGCAAAGGUGCAGUCCAAGCAAAUAAGACGCCGAUGAGCUAUUUGUAGGCAUUGCUGCCAAACCCGGGUAAGGCUGCUCACUCUUCGGCGACCAGUGCUUUAAACCUGCUACAGCACUGGAAGCAGCAUGCAUUCUUUUUUUUCGAUUUAUUCUGGAAUGAUUAUGUUUGGAGAACUUGACCAGGAUCCGUUGAUGACCGGCGGCCGCUGAGCGCAACAACGCAAUUAGAUCCAAUUCAAAACUUCACGUUCACAGACAUUCGAGCGCGUGAAGGAGCGCAACAUGAUGACGAUUCUGCAUGUUUUAGCAGAGAGAUUGUUACUUUUUAUCAUCACGUUUUGAUUAGAUAUUUUUCGUCUUCUUCUUUGUGAAAUCAUCAUGCCACACUCUCGCAACAGGAACCCAAGUCCGAUCCCAGAGGUGACAUGGGACACGGGAUUGAAAGAGAUGAACGAGACCUGGAAGGGGGCUAUUGCUUGCUUGGGAGUUGCUGUCUUUUUUGUCAUGACAAUUGGUAUCAUUUAUUGGCAAGUUGUGGAUCAGCCCAACAAGAACUGGAUCCUGAAGGGGAGCUUUAGUGGGCUUAUUUGGGAGAGACGGACGCAAACUCUUGUCAUACAGACACUGACUGAGGACAAGACGUUUGCGGAGAUAGACGUAGAGAACGUGGGGAACACCGAUAUUGAGGUUCCGUUCGUGAGGAACAUGUGCUGGCUUAACAAAACCGAGUUCUGCUACACUUGGGACUCGGUCGCGGAGGUGAAGAUCUCUCUGGAAUCAUCAGAGGAGGACUCAGAGACCGAGUGUUACAGUGUAACCUGGACUCCAAUUCACUGUCAUGUGGACCUGAAGGAUUGUUUCUCCAUGGUGAAUAUUUCGUGGUACGGAGGUGCCAGUGUCCAUGCACCCAACUGGCCAAUAAACGAAGCCAACAUUUCCAUGCAGCCGUUCACAGUCAGCGACCUUAGGGACAACCCUUCUGGCUUCGGAUCAGUUUUAGAACGCUACUUCUUGGGAUCCUCAGGUGUGUCAGUUCUAGUGGCCCUGAACAUCCCGCUUCAUGUAGGAAUGGAGAGCAGACAGCAGUUCUGUUUGCAGACGCCGCCCAGUAUGGAGCGCAUGCCGCUGCAGUACACCGUGUGUGUUGGACACAACAUUCGAGCUGUCCAUCAGGAGUCAAUGCAGCAGCUCUCCACAGCCAGACGAGAGCUGCCAAACAUGGAUGUCUUACGGCUGCCUUUCUGGAAGCUUCUAGCAAACGUGGACUCAGGGGCCAAGCUAGAGCGAGAGCUGAGGACCUUCUCAAACCGGCUGAAGCGGCAUCACCUCGGGGAGGGGGUCAUCAGCCUCGACGAACAUUCCACUGCUCUCCUCGCCAACAUGGACCACAGCUACCUCAAUAGCAAGAAAAGGACGUCUAAGAGACAGACGAGGGACCUCCCUUUUGUAAAGCUUCUGAACAUUUCCAUCACCCUGUCCCCGUACCUGAGUGUGGACUCGCAGCAGUUUCAGACCUCCAUUCAAGAAGGCAUUGAAGACUUCUGGCUGAGUCUGCCCUCAGGACCACAGGGCCGAGCGGUGCCUCUGUUGACUCAGUGGAAAGGAAAGUACAGUGUGAAGAUCAACAUCAGCAACCCAAAAGCCACGAAUUGGUUUCUGGAAAAAGUUGACAGUUUACAUAGCCAUUUGGGCAUGGAGUAUGUCAUCCUGGAAGGCGGUGAGGGGAACCCUUUCGAGGAACAGGCCCUGCGCCCCCCUCUGGCAUGGGUUGGGGAUGAAUACAUCAGACUUUUGGCUGACCUGGCAGAAAGGAUAGGGGAAAAUACCAUUGUGACCUCAGGAACAAGGUCCAGACACAAAGCGCUCUUCAUCCGUAUGAGUGCGCUGCAGUCAGACUGGAGUUACUCUGGCCUGAAGGGCAUCAUUCCAUCCCUGCUGCAUCACAGUCUCCUGGGAUAUAAUUUCUUCAUUCCUGAUGCAGUAGGAGGCUCUCUCUCUGCCGAACUGGUUGCCGAUGACGAGCUUUUCGUUCGCUGGCUGGCAAUCGCAGCUUUUCUUCCUGUCAUCAGCUUUCAGACACCUCCAUGGGUCUUUGAGAAGGAAUGGGUCCUAAACGUCACCAGAUUCUACAUAGCCAAACACCAUGACUUUGUCAUUCCUUUGAUACUGAAAUACGCAGAGGAAUGGCAAGUUACCGGAAACCCCAUCUAUAGGCCACUGUGGUGGCUCAGUCCAAAUGACCCGAUCACGUUUACCAUUGAUGACGAGUUCCUCAUUGGAAAUGAGGUCCUUGUUGCGCCGGUUACUGAAAAAGGAGCUUUACAAAGAGACAUUUACCUCCCGGAGAGUGACUUUCAGUGGCAGAACACUAACAAUGCUCAAGUGUUUGAUGGAGGAACGUUUCUGGAAAGUUACCCAGUCGGCCUUGGUGACGUGGCGGUUUUUGUACAAUGGAGAUCCUGAGGCUUAUUUACCACUUUUUUCUAUUUUUGAAAUUUUCACUUGUGCUGGUCUCAAAUUGCACUUUUCAUAAAGACCAUAUCUGAGUCUCAAGGAACCUUGAGAUUAGUAAGUAGAUAAAUUGCACUUUAAAAAUCAAAGUGGUUUAUAUUUCUCAUGAUUUUUAGAUCCCUCUUGUUUUCUCCGCUACUUGUUUUAAUUCGUAAUUUUUUUGUUUUUUGUUUUUUCAGAAUGCAGUUUACAUUUGAUAGAUUCUUACAGCCUCUUAAAUUGUUAUCAUGAUAUGGAGCUAGAGAUCAAAUUCUUUGCUUGAGAACAAUCAAUGGAAUUUUAUGAAGACCAAACAAUUGCAAAAUCACAAAAAUUGCAAAAUUGAGAAAGACUUUACAAGGAAAAACCAAUGCGCUACAUGGAUGGAGAUGAAAAUACGCUAAACAUCACUCAUCCCAGCGGGGUUUUUACUUGAACUUUGUUGAAAAGUGUAGUUGUGUAAUAUUUUAUCUGUACCUCAAGUAUAUUUUUCAUCAUGAACUGUGAGAGAAGCACUUACUGAUAGAGUAGACUGAAACUUAUGGCUUUUAGAGUGAAUAGCACAAUUAUUUUUGUCUACAAAACAAGAAUAUUGAAGAUCAAUCAUUAGUAGUUGAAUAUGAGCCAAUGCCAAACAAAAUGUUCAUAGCUGUACAGUCUUAGUUGAAAUGCAACACACAACAAAGGACAAACUGUUAUUUCAUAAUGGUCGUUUUUGAGAGAUUUUGAUAUUAUGCUGAUUUUAAUAAUUAUUACCAGAUUAACCAAUAUGGUAUUUCUAGAUCUUAGGACAUUUCAGAUCAGAAUUCAUAGGACAUUUAUUCAAGGUAGAAUUAGAGUUUUGUAUUUACAGUAUAUCAAUUCAGGCUAAACUUGAUCAUUCAUUGCCUUAACAUUAGAAAAACUUUGACGACUGUAUUGGCAUUUGUACAUUUCGUCCCAUGAAAUCUAGUUGCUUAUUGUUAAAAAGCUGAAUUCUGCCAUUACAAAUAAUUUGGGAUAACAAAUGUAGAUUUCACAGCUUGAGGGCAACAGUUGUCCUGUAGAGUUGUGGUUUAAUCAGUCUGGGCAAAAUACAGAUGCAUUUUAUAAUAAUUUGCUAGAGGUGAUGUAUGGCAAGCUGUUUUAAGUUUAAUCUAAAACAUAUUAGUGUCUUUUUUCAUGCUACUAGUGCUCUUAGCUGCUAGAAUCUAUUCCAUUAGUAAUACGUACUAAUACGUAUUCUUUGGUUUCUAGUGCUUAUUCUUUAGGUACUAUUACAUCAUUAAAGAUACUAGUACUUAAUCAUUAGAUUCUAGUAUUAAUUAAAAUAAGAGUUUAAGAGUAGUUAAAGUUUUAAUUUACUAGUAAUAUUUUUAAUUGAACUCUACAGUGGCCAUUCUGACUAGUCAUAACAUAUGAUGAGUAAAAAGCAGCUGUGACUAGUGUAAGAUUUGUUACUAGUAACCGUUAAAAAGAUACUAGUGUCUAAUAAAUAAGUACUAGUACUUAAUGAAUAACUAAUAGUAUAUAUUAAAUAAUAUUAAAUAGGUACUAUUAUUUAAUAAAUACUUACUAGUUAAAUGUAAAAAAAUACUAGUCACUAUUGGAAUACAUACUACUCAGAACUGAAUAGUUGAUAUCUGAAUGAGAUUGGUACCAUUUUGAAAUGUGUUUCUAGUAACUGUAGAAUAGUAAGUGAAAGUGAAGUGAAAGUGAUGUGACAUAAAGCCAAGUAUGGUGACCCAUACUCAGAAUUUGUGCUCUGCAUUUAACCCAUCCAAAGUGAACACACACAGCAGUGAACACACACACACACACCGUGAACACACACCCAGAGCAGUGACUAGUUACUAUUAACUAGUUACUAAUGAAAUACUUACUAGUAUCUAAUGAAUAAAAACUAGUAUCUUUAAAAUGUUACUAGUACCUAAUAAGCACUAGUCAAUGGUAAAAGUUUUAAUUGCUUUACUAGUAACAGUAAAAUACAUACUAGUUACGAUUG